UCUAAAUCAUCACGCCCACGUUUCCUCUGCACUUAUUAAACAAGACAGAGAAGUUACAAUUUCUGCAGAAAUGGAGUCCAAAUCUUUCCUCUUCGAAGUCCUGUUCUUUCUCACCUGUCCUUUCUUCCAGGCAUCUGCAGGAACACACACUCUGCAGUAUUUCUAUACUGCAGUCACACCAGGAAUAAACUUCCCAGAGAUCUCCGUUGUGGGUCAGGUGGAUGGAGAGAAGAUAGUGUACUUUGACAGCAACAUCAGGAAGAUGAUCCCAAAGACAGAGUGGAUCCAGAAGGUCCAAGAUGAUGAUCCAGAUUACUGGAGCAGAGAGACACAGAAGAUGAUGUAUCAUCAGGAGGAGCUGAAAAUCUUCUUGUUUACAUUCAUGAACCGCUUUAAUCACAGUGAUGGAGUUCAUACACUGCAGUGGAUGUACGGCUGUGAGCUCGGUGAUGAUAACACCAUUAGAGGAUAUGAUCAUUACGGUUAUGAUAAUGAAGAUCUCCUUGCUUUGGAUUUGAAAACGCUAACCUGGAUUGCAGUUUCACCUCCGGCUGUGAUCUCCAAACAUCAGUGGGAGGCUACAGGAGAUGAGGCUAAAAACAGGAAGAGAUACUUGGAAGUGGAGUGUAUCAACUGGUUAAAGAAGUUUGUGUCUUAUGGCCGGGAGACUCUGAAGAGGAAAGUUCCUCCUACAGUGUCUGUGUUCCAGCAACACUCAUCCUCUCCAGAGGUGGUGUGUCAUGCUACAGGUUUCUUCCCCAAAGCACUGCUGAUCUCCUGGCAGAAGGACGGAAAGGACAUGUAUGAAGACGUGGAUCUCAGAGAGACGUUACCCAACCAGGAUGGAAGCUUCCAGAAGAGAUGCAUUCUGAAAGUCUCAGCUGAGGAGCUGCAGAAACACACCUACACCUGUGUGAUUGAGCACAGCAGCUUGGAGAAGGAUUUAGUGCUGUCUGUGAGCGAGAGACGAAUCCUGAGAGAUGGAGGAUCAGGUGGAGGAUCAGAUGGAGGAUCAGAUGGAGGAUCAGAUGGAGGAAAAGGAUCCACUGGAACACACACUCUGCAGUAUUUCUAUACUGCAGUCACACCAGGAAUAAACUUCCCAGAGAUCUCCGCUGUGGGUCUGGUGGAUGGAGAGAAGAUAGUGUACUUUGACAGCAACAUCAGGAAGAUGAUCCCAAAGACAGAGUGGAUCCAGAAGGUCAAAGAUGAUGAUCCAGAUUACUGGAGCAGAGAGACACAGAAGAUGAUGUAUCAUCAGGAGGAGCUGAAAAUGUUCUUGUUUACAUUCAUGAACCGCUUUAAUCACAGUGAUGGAGUUCAUACACUGCAGUGGAUGUACGGCUGUGAGCUCGGUGAUGAUAACACCAUUAGAGGAUAUGAUCAUUACGGUUAUGAUAAUGAAGAUCUCCUUGCUUUGGAUUUGAAAACGCUAACCUGGAUUGCAGUUUCACCUCCGGCUGUGAUCUCCAAACAUCAGUGGGAUGCUACAGGAGAUGAGGCUAAAAACAGGAAGAAAUACUUGGAAGUGGAGUGUAUCAACUGGUUAAAGAAGUUUGUGUCUUACGGCCGGGAAAUUCUAAAGAGGAAAGUUCCUCCUAAAGGGUCUGUGUUCCAGCAACACUCAUCCUCUCCAGAGGUGGUGUGUCAUGCUACAGGUUUCUUCCCCAAAGCACUGCUGAUCUCCUGGCAGAAGGACGGACAGGAUGUGUAUGAAGACGUGGAGCUCAGAGAGACGUUACCCAACCAGGAUGGAAGCUUCCAGAAGAGAUGCAUUCUGAAAGUCUCAGCUGAGGAGCUGCAGAAACACACCUACACCUGUGUGAUUGAGCACAGCAGCUUGGAGAAGGAUUUAGUGCUGCCUGUGAGCGAGAGACGAAUCCUGAGAGAUGGAGGAUCAGAUGGAGGAUCAGAUGGAGGAUCAAAUGGACGAAAAGGAUCCACUGGUUUCUGAAAAGAUCCUCAGGAGGAUGGAUGAUGAAAUGGAGUUUUCCUACAUAUCUUCUUCUGUCAGUCAAUAACGCAGCAGUAACAGGGUCACGUAUAGUAUAUAACAUUACCCUAUAAUCACUUCCUGGAUUCGGCACAUUUCUUCCUCCUUUUUAUUUACUUUUUUACUAUAAAAUCUCUGUAUCACUAUAUAUAUAUUAUAUACUAUAAACGUUUGUCAUUCAGAGUAAUAAUGUGAAAGUCUCUUUGUAUAAAUAAUAAAUUGCUCUUUGUAA